UUGAAUGAAAGAAUAUUAGAGAGAGAUGAUAUUCUACUUAAAAAGACAUUUGAUUCAAUGAUCAAGUAAUUAGUAAUCAAUACAAAUUUUACACACUCCAUUAGCUGAAAGACGGCAGAAGGAUUAGACUAAAAAAGCCAAGCGCUGUGGGAAAAACGGGAGGGAAACUACUGGUUGCUGCCGCCUGCAAAUGUUCCACUAAUGUUAAUGGAGUCAAUAAGGGUGACGCUAAAACAUUAUAGCCGUCCUUUGAGUUUUUAUAAAUGUACAACUGUUUCAUCGCUCACAGGCCAUUUACAUUUGCUACAUGUACAACUUUUCACAAUAAGCUUAUUUACAUGUAUGUCAAGUGCGGAAGUUUGGUUGAUGCUCGUAAAGUGUUUGACCACAUGAAAGAGCGAGACUGCGUCUCAUGGAAUACGAUGAUUGCAGCGUGCAGAAGACAUGGAUAUCCUCAGGAGGCAGUCACACUGUUUCAUCAAAUGCAACGAACAGGUCUCCAACCCGAUCAGUUUACAUUUGCUAGCGUACUUCCAGCCUGUGCCAAGAUGGGAGCUCUGGAACAGGGCAUAUACAUCCAUCAAAAUAUAAAGGAUAGAGGAAUUUCAUCAAAUGUUGUAGUUGCAACUGCCCUGGUAGACAUGUAUGCGAAAUGUGGGAGCAUAGACAAGGCACGUGAACUGUUUGACAAAAUGCCUCAAAAAAAUGUUUUCUCAUGGACUGCAAUGAUCGCAGGAUUUGCACAAAAUGGAUUUGUUAAAGAGGCUUUGGAAAAUUUCAAGCAAAUGCAAUUGGCAGGUGUAAAGCCAAACUCCACAACCUUUGCCAGCGUCCUCCCUGCCUGCGCUAAAAUGGGAGCUUUGGAAGAAGGUAUGGCUAUCCAUCAAAGCAUAUUGGAAGAGGGGGUUUUAUCAGAUAUUAUAGUAGGAAAUGCUCUGGUAGACAUGUAUGGAAAAUGUGGAAGCAUAGACAAGGCACGUGAACUGUUUGACAGAAUGCCUCAAAGAGAUGUCAUUUCAUGGAAUGCAAUGAUAGGAGGAUAUGCUCAAAAUGGAUUUGUUGAAAAGGCUUUAGAAACGUUCAAGCAAAUGCAAUUGGCAAGUGUAAAGCCAAAUUCCAUUACUUUUACCAGCAUCCUCCCUGUCUGCGCCAAAAUGGGAGCUUUGGAACAGGGUUUAGACAUCCAUCAAAGCAUAAUAGACGGGGGAUUUUUAUCAGAUAUUAUAGUUGGAAAUGCUCUGCUAGACAUGUAUGCAAAAUGUGGAAGCUUAGACAAGGCACGUGAACUGUUUGACAGAAUGCCUCAAAGAGAUGUCAUCUCUUGGAAUGAAAUGAUUGCAGGAUAUGCACAAAAUGGAUUUAUUGAAAAGGCUUUAGAAACUUUCAAGCAAAUGCAAUGGACAGGUGUAAUGCCGAAUUCCAUAACCUUUGUCAGCAUCCUCCCUAGCUGUGCCAAACUGGGAUGUUUGGAACAGGGUAUGGACAUCCAUCAAAACAUAAUGGAAGGGGGAUUUUUGUCAGAUAUUAUGGUAGGAAAUGCUCUGUUAGACAUGUAUGCAAAAUGUGGAAGCAUAGACAAGGCAUACAAAUUGUUUGACAAAAUGCCUCAAAGAAAUGUGGUUUCAUGGAAUGCCAUGAUUGCAGGAUAUGCACAAAAUGGAUUAGUUGAAAAGGCUUUAGAAAUUUUCAAGCAAAUGCAAAUGGCAAACAUAAAGCCAAAUUCCACAACCUUUGUUAGCAUCCUCCCUGUCUGUGCCAAAAUGGGAGCUUUGGAACAGGGUAUGGACAUCCAUCAAAGCAUAGUGGAAGGGGGAUUUUUGUCAGAUAUUAUAGUUGGAAAUUCUCUGGUAGACAUGUAUACAAAAUGUGGAAGCAUAGACAAGGCACAUGAAGUGUUUGACAAAAUGGUCCAAAGAGAUGUCAUCUCAUGGACUGCGAUGAUUGCAGGAUAUACACAAAAUGGACUAAUGGAAAAAGCUUUAGAAACUUUCAAGCAAAUGCAACUGGCAGGUGUAAAGCCAAAUGUCACAACCAUUGCCAGCAUCCUGCCCGCCUGUGCCAAUUUGGGAGCUUUGGAACAGGGCAUGGACAUCCAUCAAAGCAUAAUGGGAGGGGAGGUUUUGUCAGAUAUUAUAGUUGGAAAUGCUCUUGUAGACAUGUAUGCAAAAUGUGGAAGCAUAGACAGGGCACGUGAAGUGUUUGACAGAAUGCUUCAAAGAGAUGUCAUCUCAUGGAAUACAAUGAUUGCAGGAUAUGCACAAAAUGGAUUUUGCAAGGAUGCUCUCAAAAUCUUUGAAUUGAUGAAGCACUCUGGAACAUAUCCUGACAUAGUAAGCUUUGCUUGUGUUCUGUGUGCAUGCAGCCAUGCAGGUUUAGUGGAUGAGGGCUGUGCAAAUUUCAAUCAUAUGAGGAACCCUUAUUGCAUUACACCUACAGUUGAUCAUUAUGUGUGCAUGGUUGACCUUCUUGCCCGUGCUGGCUAUCUUGAGGACACCCUAAACUUUAUCAUUAAGAUGCCAGUUAAACCUGUGGUGGUUGUGUGGAUGUGUUUUCUUAGUGCCUGUAGAUCACAUAUGAAUAUAGGCUUGGGUGUAUUUACAGCGGCACUGCUUUUUGAUUUGGAUCCUAAAAAUGCUGCAACUUAUGUUCUUCUCUCAAACAUCUAUGCAGAAGUGGGCUGGUGGGGUGAGGUUCAAAUGGUAAGGAGAUUGAUGAAAGAUAGAGGAAUUAAAAAGAUCCCUGGAUGUAGUUGGAUUGAAGGCCAUAAAGCAGUACAUGCUUUUUCUGUAGGAGACAGAUCACGUCUACAAACAGGAGAUUUAUGCAAAGGUGGAGAAAUGGGUUGGGAGAUGAAGGCAGCAGGUUAUUUUCCUGAUUCGGCUCAUUUAUUUAAUGAUGUGGAAGAGGAGGAAAAACAGUUUUCCCUGCCACCACAGUAAAAAGUUGGCAAUUGCAUUUGAUCUGUUAAACACCCGCUGGAACAACUAUUAGAGUUGUUCAGAGCCUUUAAGUCUGUGCUGAUUGCCACACUGCAAAGAAAUUCAUCCCCGAGAUUGCUGGAGGGCAAAUUAUUGUGAGAGAUGCGAACCAUUUCCAUCAUUUUAAAAAAGUACCAUGUUCAUGUGGAGAUUAAUGGUGAUGCUAAACGGAGCAAUCUGGAAACAAGUUGGCAUUAUAAUAACACGUACUGUGUCAGAUCUGGAGCCAUACUUAAGAGAUAAGGAAACCUGCAUAUGUAUGGAACGGAAAGCAGGAGGAGAAGUUAGAGGACGAGGAAAAACAAAAGUUGUAGGAGAAAUUUUAUAGAUGUGUCGCAGGAUUUUGGAGAAGAUCAUUACCAAGAUUCAAGGAGGAAUUGAAGGAGGUCAACAAGGUUUUUCAUUCAAAUCCAGUUUUACAGACGAUUGAUUCGCAACCAGGAAGAAUUGUAAGAAAUGAUUGUAAGAGUGAUGGCAUUUAUCCGAAAGUUAAGUGUAGAAGAAUGCUAUCUAUUGCAGCUGACCAAAAUGAAGAUUUACAAGCCUUUUUAGAUUAUGAUAUAUCAUGUAAGAGUUAACAGUUUUGGCUUUUGCCAACGAGUCAUAUUAUUAUGGUUGGUUAAUUAUAUUUGACAUAUAUAACUUCACAUAGAACAUAAUUGAAAUUGAUGUGUGGACAUAUUGGUGUAAUGUGAGUGCCAAUGAUGGUGAAAAGGAACUAAUAAAUUUAAUCCUACUUUUUUUGGCCUCCUUGUUAUGCUAAGAUGGUGUUACGUUGUACCCAUACUUCAAAAGUCAUGGAGACACCAAUUACUAUCAUUGUGGAUGACCAUAUUCUCGAAUAUGUCACAAAAGGGUUCCCCAUCAACAAACUUAUUUUGGAUUAUAGUAAGUAUUUGUUCGACAUCUUAAAAUGAAAAACCUAAAAAGGUCUCGAAAGACAAAGA